UUAACAUACAAAACUCAGAAUACUAUAAAAGUGGAUCUUUAAGAAUCACAAAGUUAGUUAAUCACUACUCGUGUACGGAGUGUAUACCUAUUUUAAGAAAAACCUUGUUGUCAUACACCGCAUGAUAUUGCAAGAAAUUAAAUUAUAGAAUGGCGGGUAACUGUGUUUAUGCUAUGUUACCAUGUUUUUUAGUUCUGUUACAUUUUAUCCAAGUGAGAGCCAUGGGAGCCUUGAGUCCUCUGGAUCCUUCGUCGUUUUCAAAGCCUGAUUUGGCUAUUAUGAAACACGUGUCGAUAUUUUGGAAUGUAGAUUUCGAUAAAAAAAUUUUGGAUGGAUCAGUUGCAAUUAAUUUUGAAGUAUUGCAAAGCACUAGUGAAUUGAUAUUAGAUGUAAAAAACUUGACUAUAGAGAAGGUAGAGUUGGACGGUACACCUUUACAGUACAAAGUAGAUAAUGAAGUGCCUCCUUUUGGAGCUAAGCUAACUAUUACCCUUCCCAAACCGGCCGCUACCGGGGAUAAAUUAAAAAUAAUAAUAAAAUACAUAACGUCGCCUUCGGCACCAGGGCUGCAAUGGCUGAAACCAAAACAGACAUUAGGGAAAACACAUCCUUAUGUCUACAGUCAGGGUGAGCCAGUCCAUGCACGUUCAAUCCUGCCAUGCCAAGACACACCAACGGUGAAGUUCACAUAUGACGCGGAAGUGACAGCGCCCAAAGAGUUCACGGUGCUCAUGAGCGGGCUCCGAAGUGAGCCCAAGAACAACAAGACUUCUUUCCAGCAGUCGGUACCGAUACCCGCAUAUCUAGUGGCCCUGGCUGUGGGCGUUUUGGAGUAUAGGAAAAUUGGACCAAGAUCACUGGUGUGGACAGAAAAAGAAAACAUUGAAAAAAGCGAGUGGGAGUUAGCAGAAGUAGAGAACUAUCUGCAAGCUGCUGAGAAAUUGUGCGGCAAAUACGAAUGGACCCAAUAUGAUGUGCUAGUGUUGCCGCCUGCUUUCCCGCAUACCGGCAUGGAGAACUCUUGUCUGACUUUCCUCCCGCCAUCAGUCUUGGCCGGCGAUAGGAGCAUGUCACACAAUGUUAUCCACGAGAUCAUGCACAGCUGGACGGGUAAUCUCGUGACGAACACAAACUUUGAGCAUUUCUGGUUGAACGAAGGUUUCACUGUGUUCCUGGAGAGGAAAGUUAGCGCCUCAUUAAUAUCUGACAAAGAAGAGGCAAGGAAGAGCAGAGAUUUUCAUAGUCUACUGGGUCUGCAGGAUCUAACCGAUACUGUUAAAGAUCACUUAGGAGUAACAAAUCCCAUAACUCGUCUCGUGCCUGACCUGACCGGCGGCGUGCAUCCAGACGACUCGUUCUCUAGUGUGCCUUACGAGAAAGGAUCACUUUUCCUGCGUUAUCUUGAGGAUUUAUCCGGAGGACCCGACGUAUUUGACGAUUUUAUGCGUUCAUACAUAAAGAAGUUCCGAAGACAGUCAAUAAACAGUGAGCAGUUUAAGGCAUAUCUACUCGACUACUUCAAAGAUAAUCAGAAUCUGAAGACGGUAGAUUGGAAUACUUGGUUGUACACCAGUGGCAUGCCACCGGUAAUACCUGACUACGACACAUCUUUGGCAAAGGAGGUUUCAAAACUUCUAUCAACUAUUUACAAUGAUAACACUACAAUUGACUACAACGACGUCAAGAAGUUUACACCCCACCAGUUCAUCCAUCUAUUGCAGGAGUUGAUUAAUCGAUCACCACUCACUGUCGACAAGCUACGGACCCUCGGAGAAAUAUAUAAAGUCAGUGAGAGCAAGAAUGCGGAAAUUGCAUAUAGAUGGUUGAGAUUAUGCAUUCGAAGCCGAGAUCUUUCAAAACUGAAUGACGUGUUCGAGUUCGUCAACAACCAAGGCAUCAUGAACUAUAUAAGACCUAUCUACAGAGACUUGUACGAUUGGAAGGAGGUUAGAGAGCAAGCUAGAGAAAAUUUUCUCAAACAAGAACCUGACAUGUUUCACGUGGCAGCAUACACUAUCAGACAAGAUUUACACAUCAAUUAAUUAUAUUGUAAUAUUGCUUUGUAUUAAGGUACAAAAAUGUAGGUACCCAUAAUAAUGAUUCUGUGAGGAAACAGGUAAUUUUGUAUGUUUCGAAAAAAUAAAAACAUUUAAAUA